UUAGGUAUUACCUGUGUAACUGGACAUUCCACAGUUGGCGAAGGUUUAUAUCUUUGCAGAGGGAAAAGAAGGCGAAAGUGCAGCACGCUCAAGCAUUUGCUGACAAGCAACGGAUGCGUCUGGUUUGGGACAGAUGGGAGGUUUUCACGGAGAUGAGGAGAAUGAAGAACAGAAUGCUCGAAUCGGCCCUUGAGCAAAGCAGGCUCUCAACUAUGCAUUCAGCGUGGCGCUUGUGGCAGACUAGGCUUCAGCAGCAUCGAGACCUUUAUGCUUUAGAGGAAAAAGCUCUGAAAAAGAGGAAAGUGAUCUUGCAGAGCGAGGUUUGGCAUAAAUGGAAAGAAAUGCACACAGCUGCUCGUCGCCAGAGAGAAAAAGAAUCCAAAGCUGCACUUCACUUCAACCUAACACUGAAAAGAAGAACAUUGACUCAGUGGGUAAAUUAUGUCUCCUGUCGCCAGACCAAGAAAAAAACACAAGCUGUGGCCCAGCGUGCCGCUUGUCUCCACCUGGCGGAAAAAUGUUGGAGUAAAUGGAGCAACGCGCUGGAAUGCAAACAGGCUGAAGAAGCCCGGUUGCAAUCUGCAGGCCAUUUGGCCGAACAGAGCGUCCAGCGUAGAGCGUUGGAGUGCUGGAGAGCUUAUGUGACGUUGUGCAGAGAAGAGGCUGAAAGAAACCAGAUAGCGAGUCAGCAUCUCCAGCGUAAUUUACUGCGUGCUGGAUUGCGCGGAUUGUCUCUGAAUGUCAUGCAGAACAAAGCACACAGACUGAACAACAACAUGGCCGUCCAACAUCGUCAGCAAACAAUGAUGAGCAGGUUCUGGAAAUUAUGGCAGAACCGUCUGGAGGAAGCUGAGGAUCAGAAUUUUCAACCGCUCACAGAGACGGCACAGACGAACUACAGCGCUUUACUAUUGAGGAGCUGUUUUCAACAUUGGAGAGAGAAACUUGCUGAACAGAAACACAUGCAGGAACUCGAGCUUCGUGCAGACAUUUGGUUUGCAGAGCGUAUGUUACCUCGAUGUUUCCAGUCAUGGGUUAAGUUCGCUCUGCAGAGACAACUGCAGAAACAGAGGAAACACAAAGCUGAAGUCUAUAAUCGGCAGCGUCAGUACACUUGGGUGUUUUACACCUGGUGGGGGCAGUCGGAGAAGCACAAGGAGGAAAUGCUUUCUGAGCGGAUGGCAAUUCUUCACGAGGAGCGAUGUCACAUGCAGAGAGCCUGGGCUCGAUGGAGACGACGCACACAACAGAAGAUCAAAGAGGCGGAGAAACAGGAGGCCUCACACCGCCUGUACCUGCACACACUUCUCCACAAGACAAUGACGCAGUGGAAGGACAACAGUGCUGAGAUACGAGACAGGAGAAACCGAGAGCAGCAGGCCUGCCAUCAGGGUGACCUGCGCUGCAUGAGAUGGGCUGUAGAGAAAUGGAAAAAGUUUGUUCAGAGCCAGAGGGUGAAGAAUAACAGGCUGGAGCAGAUUCAGCAUUGCCAUGAAGCUAAACUUCUCAAACACUCCUUUGUGGCCUGGAAGAAACACCAUCUACAGAUGUCUCACAUCUACGAUCAUGCAGAGGAACUUUACAAGCAGCAAACACAGUGUUUUCUCAGGCGAGUUCUCACUGUGUGGAGGGAGAACGCAGCGCUCAUGGCAGAGGUUCGAGUCGCACAGCAACGGGCGCAGAAUCACUAUGAGCACCACCUUCAAUUUAAGGUGUUCUUUACUUGGCGAGAAGUAAAAACACAUGCAGUAUCAAAGCGCCACCAGCAGGGGGAAGCACUCAGCAGGGCUCAGAGCUCCAUAAAUCAAGUGCAACUGCUGCGGUUUUUCAGACAGUGGCGGAAACAAACCAGGGAGGCUCGGAGGGAGAGGAUGUGCAUGGAAAAGGCCAGGAGGCACCAUAACUCUAAACUCCUCUCUAGAACUCUGAAAGCAUGGAACGUAUACCACUACCAGCACCAGAAAAAUAAGGUGAUGAAACGACAAGGAGUCCUGCUGCUGAGAUUGAAAAUGUACCAGGCGUACUAUGAACGGUGGAAAAUGAAGCUGCAGCACAGACGGAGAGAGGCUAAGCAGACCGAGCGGGCUCUCUGGCACUGGGCCCUCACUCUGCAGGCCAAGGUGUUGUACGGCUGGAGGCUGUGGGUCACAGAGCAGCGCAGGAAGCAAGAACAAGCCGCCAGAGCUGCACUGGUCUACAGAGACCAGCUGCUGAGGGAAGGCGUGUCGUGCAUCCUCACAUACGCUGCUCAUAUGAACAAUCUCACCACGAGCCUCACGCAGCACAGCCAAGAGCAAAGAUCACAUCGUCUCCAGAGAGUCGUCAGACGGUGUGCCAUGCGGUGGAAGCAGCGAGCGCUGUGCAAACCACGAAGGGAGCAAGAGGUCAGAGCUCAACCGCUGAAAAAGAGCGUGACCUUCUGUUUGACUGCACCUGCAGUGAACAGCAUUUCCUCGUCUGACUCGGCAGAAUACGGAGCUGAGGAUGAACUGCUUAGCAAGCUGCUUCUUAACAGAACACCUCGACGUCAGCCACGUCGCCGCCAGGAGCUCUUUGACUCUCCAGGGAAAGUGUUGCAACAUAGAGGCAUCCAAACACAAACUGGCAUCACCAGCAGCGAGGCAGCUCCGUCUGAGUUCAGUUUUCCUUCAGAAGACGACCAUCCUGCAGCGUCAUCCUGCCUCCUUCCUGCUAAAGUCCCUGUUACCGCUACACAUCAGAGCCCCCUCAUAUCUACCAUCUCUGAACCUUUCAUGCCCACCGUGGACUCGACUCAGGAAACACAAGACCUCCUUUUACCACCUUCUGCUUUCAUGGCUGCUGGAACCCAGAAUAUAUUGGAGAAAUGCAAUCGCUCAGAUCCUGGAGAUGCUCCUCUUGUGCCUUUUCAUCAGUUCAUCCCUUCAUUUGAGCAACACUCAUCAGCUCAUCCAGAGAUACGUGUGAGAGCAUCCAGUGGAGAGACUGAGGUUCCUCAUCCAACAGCUGAUGCAACAUCAGCUCUGACGACAGAACUUCUCAGCAUUCGGCUGGAGAUGAAGAGCUUCCUGCAGGAGAGAAAGCAGCUCCGGGCAUGGAGAAAACUGCAAGAGGUGUUACAGAGUUGGCUGCAGACCAGCGGAAAGGACGAACAAAUGGAAAAAAAUGCAGUUUGCCAAGAUUUAAAGGAGUUGGAGGAGCGCAUCGACAGACUGUCCACGGAGCUGGAAAAGCAGAGACCGACGAUGCUGCUGCACGCAGAGAGAGUCCAGCAUUUACAGUCGGUCCUCCACGCGUCAGGAGUGUAUUUCCUCUGUCAAAAAGCAAAAGAGAUGGAAGCUGAUACCUCUGUGUUUACAGCAUUACAGUGCAGUCCUCACACACCGCCAGAGCAAUUACACCUGCUGGACUGUUAUUUAUCUGCCACAAACUCGUUUUCAUCUUCUAAACUGAUGCUUAUUUCGCUGAAAACAUGCUGGACUUUUAUAUCUUCUGAGGGGAAAAAACGGACAUCUCAAUAUCCCUGUAAUGCUGUUGUUCUUGUUAAAUGUCUUAAAAUUGACUCAGCAUAACCAAAAACAUUAAAACCGAAGUACCACAGAGUAGCCUGCAGCGCUGCACUUUAAACGGACGGAAACGUUGGAUAGGGGUCGUCCUUGUGACAGAUGGUGCGUACUAAAUAUUUUCCAUAUGUGUGCAAAAAGUGACUUUACUGUUUUCAGAGGAGCUGCCCUUGCGCAAUAGGUGUUCUCUUUCUCCGUUAGCACCAGUGCCUCUAAUAGUUUGGACACUCUAUGCAGGAAAAUCAGGGAUUUCGGACUCACAGAGGGGACAGCUGUCUGUUGCACUCUGCAGAUUUGUCUGAAUCUUUGAUCUACAGCAAGGCAAAAUGCGAGGACUUUAUGUGGUUUUCCUCAUUUUCAUCUUUGUCUGCUGCAUCAGGGGUGAGUGCUGUUACUAGUCAGUCUAUUUAUUAGAGUUAUUUCAUGUUGAUCUUCAGCCUCAUUUUGUUGUUCAAAGUCUUUCUGUCCUGUUGUUCAUGUUGGACAUUAUUAAAAGUGAUUUAUCUAAAUAUUGUAAAAGCUUUUCAGUUUUGCCUUGACAUUUCUUUUUAAUAAUAAAUACGAAAAGAAAU